UUGUUUGGAGAAGAGGGUUCGUAAAAGAAAGACACGACGAGGUAAAAAGAAGACAAGCAAGCCCUUGAUCAAGGUCUCCAGUGAUCCUACUCAUGAUCAACAACAUCUUACCAAAUCUGUCAACAUUCAUGGUAAACAUAACCAAAGCAGCUCUGGCAACGUUGGAAGAUGUGGUAACUACUCUUAUACUCAUAGCCAGAACAGUUCAACUGAAAUUGAUAACCAUGAUAGUAAUAUCGAUAAAACUUUCACCGUACGUGAUGCAAGGGUUGUUCCACUGGCUAACCAUUGCACCACAUCUGAGGUUACUGGCCAUCACAACGUGGAUUUCACUGAGGACAGUGCCUUACUGGAUGACACUGACCAAAAUCGCACAGCAAAUACGACUGGAAUAAGAAGUUGUCAUCAUAGCGAAGAUCUAUUCGUCCUUGUAAAGAAAGAAAACGGUGAGUGAUCAUUUAUUCGACUAUCUUUGUGUGCGCAGUAAAAAUUAGCAAGUUGAGAUCAUAUUACUGGAUACAUCAAAAAUGUGGCAAGGUCAUACUAUAUAUUAAAAAUGUGACAGGUACGUAAUACCGUUUAAAGUUAGCAAAAGUGUAAUUAAUCAGGGAUUGAACGGAGUCUUAAAAUAGGCUCUGCAUGCAUGUCUUUUUCAUUUAAUUUUUUGUUGUUUUUGUCACUGAGUCGAAUUUUCAACAAUUUAUUCAUUUCCUUGGAUCUUAAUUCAUAUUCCUUCCCGUUUCCUAAAUUUCAUAUUUGGGUACAUGGGCAAUUCUUGUCCAUGGUACAAGUUAUCAUCAGACUCAUAGAAACACCAAGACAGAUACAAAUAAAAAUGCCUCGUAUGAGCUGUUUUUAUUCGUUAAACAUUUCUCGUUAAAUCUUUUAUCGAGUAUCUUUUCUUAUCCUAUCAGGCGUGGCAUACGCCGUGUGUAAAGGUGAAGAUCGAAUUUUGGGUCGAGGUGGCUUUGGAAUUGUCUAUAAGGGAUUUAAAUUGGAAGGAACAACACAAAUUCCAGUAAGUUAACAAGACUAACUUGAGCAACGAGCGAGAAAAUGUGUUUUAAACAUGGUUACCUUGAACGAAUACACUUCGAAGUUGGCCAAAGUUUUAAAUUUCCCAAUCAAUUUAAUCCUGUCGAUCCAGGAAAUAUUAUUGUGGAGACAUUUAUGGGAACAUUGAAAGGAAGGUGGCGGACUGGAAAGCAUUUGGGGAAUGUAUAUAUAUAUAUAUAUAUAUAUAUAUAUAUAUAUAUAUAUAUAUAUAUAUAUAUAUAUAUAUAUAUAUAUAUAUAUAUAUAUAUAUAUAUAUAUAUAUAUAUAUAUAUAAUUUCGCUUACCUCAAAAUUCCGCAACAGUCUGUUUCAUCAGUAAAGAAUCAUCAGGCGGGAUAUAUAUAUACGCAGGGGGUUGGUUCUACUAUUAAUUUUAAGCCUCGUUUGGCAAACUACAAGUCACAUAUAAAGCAUAACCGUAGAACAUGUGGUGCAGUUAAUCACUUCAUAGAUGUGCACGGGAGCGAGCAUUUCAAUUUGAAAUUUAUGUUAAUUGAUAACAACAACGAGGACUUAAGAAAGUGUGAAAACUUUUGGAUAGGCACUUUGCUCACUAAUCUGGGGGGUUUGAAUACCAGCCAUGAUUAUUCCCAACAAUAGGUUUCUGUAUAUAGGCUUUGUUUAUAUUGCUUUAAUUAGUUUAAUCACUUAUAUUGUUGUAUAUAAGGAGAGUAAUUUACUAUACUCAUUUACUUUUUGACGAAGGCGGUGGCAUGGUGCCGAAAAUUUAAAGCUAUAUAUAUUUUGUUAUUAAAUAAUUUCACUUGGAGUCGUGGCAGUGUUAUAACCUAACCAGAGUGUGUACACUUGUUGCAUAUAUAUAUAUAUAUAUAUAUAUAUAUAUAUAUAUAUAUAUAUAUAUAUAUAUUAUAACCUAACCAGAGUGUGUACACUUGUUGCAUAUAUAUAUAUAUAUAUAUAUAUAUAUAUAUAUAUAUAUAUAUAUAUAUAUAUAUAUAUAUAUAUAUAUAUAUAUAUAUAUAUAUAUAUAAUUUACACCCAUUUUCAAAAUUACGCGACCUCCCUGAAAAAUACUCUUACUUCAAAUGUCAGUUUUAUGUCACAAUAACUGCUAAAAAUAGCAAACGUAAACAAACUGUCAAAAGACAUUUUAAAUCGUAUUUAAUACCAAAACUGAACAAAAAUGAGUUAGAUAACUUAGAUAUACAAACUAAAGCACAAUACAAACCAUCACAACAGAAAUAUAUGCCGUGAAUAACUUUUAAACUUUGAAAAAUAACAAUUUAUCGGGAAUUUAGCUGUCAGUGUAAAACACGCGCGCUAGACUAUAACGGUGAUGUUAUGAUUUUGUUUGUGCUUAAUUUUGCAAUAAUUCUCUCUAAAAUAUCUUGAAAAUCAUUGUAAGCCUGUUUAUAUAAAGUAUACAAAGCAUAUACAUCGACAAGGAACCGCAAAACUCAAAGUUUAAACUUCGUGACCGAAUGACAUAAAACUGACAUGUCAACUCUUCGUCCUUGGUCGCGUAAUUUUGAAAACGGGUGUAACAAGCCAUACUUCGUUUUUUUGGGAUGAAUAACAUCUGGAUAGAUCAUUUUGGACAAUCGUUCGUAUUUUUUGAAUUAUUCACUUUUUUCGAUCCCCUCUUUCAAUAGUUUUGUCUCAUGGCUAAUGGCUCAUGCUGACCAACUUUUAUCAUGAUUGAUUCCGGCUUGUUUUGUCUUGCUUUUAAUAAUUACUCAACCAAUAUGCAUCUUGUUAGUUGGAUAAUAACAAUGACUUUAUGUAAGUGUCAAUGUAUUAUAACUUUGUUAAAUUUCCGUUGAGAGGUUCUAGUUAUUAGAUAUAAAGUGACAGGUGACGAUUUAACGAGUGUGAUGUGCAUAACACGUGCUGUCACUUAAAAUAUAAUAAUAGCACUUGAUAUGGUUGGAAAAUAACGAACAUUUAAUAGUUGAUUGGAACCAUAUUAAAACUAGUCCGUCAGCAAAUAUUAUAAAAAAUAGUAUAUAUAGUGUAUUUUCUUGUAGUGAAGAUGGCAUAAUAUCAUGGGGGAAAAUUUACAAUUAAGAAUUGUCGUUUUCAAAAAAUUGUUAUAAGUCUAGUGCAAGUACGGUCAUAUGCAAACAGUGAUUAAUUUCAAACUUUCUUGUACAGGUUGCCAUUAAAGUCGUUGAGAAAUCAAGUAUUGACUGUUUUGUAGAGGUAAACCUUUUUUGUGCCGCCAUUUAAAAGUCUAUAAUUAUAUAUAUAUAUAUAUAUAUAUAUAUAUAUAUAUAUAUAUAUAUAUAUAUAUAUAUAUAUAUAUAUAUAUAUAUAUAUAUAUAUAUAUAUAUAUGUAUAUAUACCAGAAAUCAUAUUAGAGUGAGUGGGGUAAUUUCUUCACUUAAUAUUGGUCAUUGCUCAAUAUUCAGUGGGUGGUUGGUGGAGGUAAACUCUGGCGCAAAAGGUUGGUGACGCGUCAUUGACAUUUUAAUGUUUUCUUCUAGGAUGAUGAGCUUGGCUUUGUACCUGAAGAGGUCGCAAUGUUAAACAAAAUCAAAGGUCAUCCAAACGCCAUUCAGUUGAUUGACUGUGUUUCAAUUUAUGAUUUUGUUGCGAUUAUUAUGGAACGACCUGUGAGCUGUAAAGAUCUGUUUGAUAUUCUUGCACAACAAACAUCUGUAAUGUCUGAGAUUCAAGCUCGCAAAAUUAUUAAAGAACUGAGCAGUGUUCUUCUUGCAAUGGAAAAGAAGGGAAUUGUUCACAGAGAUAUCAAAUCUGAGAAUAUUCUUGUUGAUCUUGAUAAUGAAGAAGUGAAACUGAUUGAUUUUGGUCUCGCCACAACAUGCACACCUGGUAAAACAAUUAAGAAGUUUUGUGGUGAGUAUUAUUUCAAAAUCAUUUACCAGCAGAGAAUUUCAAGAGAAAGUUACGCCCAUGCAGUAGUAUCAUUUUGUUAACUCAAGAGACGAGUUCCUGAAAAGAGACACAAAAUUGGUGAUAUUUUAACAAGGAAUUUAAAAUAGUUUCAAAAUAUCAGCUGUCUUCUUUUCAAAAACCAUUAUCUUGAGUUUAUACAAGAUGAUAUACUGUAUGUACUAUGUUAAUUUUCCCCGCUAACGGGUAUUUUAAACAUGUAAACAUUAAAGGAUUGAGUCGUUUAUACAUCCACUGUAAAAGCCGAAGUCUCCAACCGUGAAGGAUUGAGAUACGAUGCGAUCUGAAUUUAGGAUUUUGUGAAUCUUAUCAUCCUCAUAAUGAUUUUCAAUCAUUCAGUGCAAGUCUCUUUCUCUCUGUGCCGUGCAACUGCAUGUGCAAAUGGGAAGAAGCCAGAGAUAUCAGAAGUGGAUGAUUAUAUGUGUUGUUGUUCAAAAAUGAACGUUGUUCAAAAAUGAACAGCCAAAAUUACGUACGGUAUAUAGUUUCCCCAUACAUCAACACAGUGCCAGUGGCUCGUUCAAGCGUCUCAUACAGUAGAACUUUCGCUUAGAAAUUGCACAUUUUAAAUUUUCUUUUAAUCUUAUACAUGUAUUUAGGAACUCGAGAAAAUACUCCACCAGAAUACAUAUUGAAUGGUGAAUACGAAGGUCCUAAAGAAGCAGUAUGGACCUCAGGUCUUCUCUUGUACUACCUAGUUUGUGGAGAUGAACCAUUCUGCAAUUUUCUUGAGACGACUAUGAAACCCCUCCGAGUUCCGUCUUUUCUUUCCUCAGGUAAAUAAUUGCAUUCAACAGAUUUAAUUUUGGGAAGAAAGUUUGGAUAUUGUAUUAAUCUACCUUCGGUGGUAUUUUAGUCUUUUCAUCUGCAUGCAGGUCAUAAAAGUUAAACAUGUUUUUAAAUAGAAUUCAAAACUAAUAAUUAAUGAGGAAAACACAAAGAAAAAUCAUAAGCGUGUCGUAUCUUUAUAUGUGAUAGAGAUUUCCCUUGAUUUGUAUAAAAGUUAACUUUGAUUUUCUCGACUUAUACAACGUAUUUUUUGAAAAUUACUUCGCCAAUGAACUUACUAGAUCGAUCGUUUUUGAAGCAAUUUAAAACAUUCGCAGAAGAUAAAACACUGCUGCUCAUGUUUUAAUUAAAUAGUACGUUAAAUUUAUCACAUCUUGUCUUAUAUUUUCUUCCUGCAAAUUUCUGAAUCAGAAUGCGUAAUAUGAUUCGUUGAGUCAACUAAGUUAAUGAAAUGUACAAAUGAAUAAUUCUACGAAAUAAAUGAAUAACUCCACUGAAUAAAUGUGCAAAACACCACCUUAUAAAGUAUCUUUCACUUAGAUUUGAAAGAUCUGUUACUGGGUAUGUUGAAAAAGAAUCCAAGUCGACGACUGACUAUGGAACAAGUCUGUCAUCAUCCUUGGUAUGUACUGAUGGUCUACAAUGUCUGCAUUAUAAUGUAAACAAAAUAUGCAAUGCACUGAAUGUAUACAGAGCACUUUCCCAGAUUUCGUAAGUUUUCACACUUUUAAGAGUACGAUCAUUUAUAUCAAACUAUUUUUUUUCCUUAGGAUGACAACCCAAACAAAUUAUUUCUACUUUCCGUUCGGCUACUGA